AGGAUAGUAAUAAUGAAUCAAAUUUAUGAAACCAAACAGUGAAACACAACGGCAUCAUCAAGAGCAUUCUCACAAAAUGCAUUUUCCCGCACAAAAAUCUCAACACAAACACUGAGAACAAAAUAGCACCACCAAUGGAACCUUCCAAAUCCAACAACACUGAAACAGAAGAAGAAACCAUAGCUUUCAACAGAAAAAGAGCACGCCGCGUUAGCUUCGCCGACAAUGAAAUCACCUCCGUCCACAUCUUCCGUCCCGACGACGACCAUUCCUCCUCCUCCUCCGAGAUCCCCGCCGAAACACUAGAUAUAUUCCGUCAACUUGUCGCAGAAAGCGACGAUGAGGAACCCGACCGCCGCCGUAACUCUACUGACGGUGAGGGUGAAGCGGUUGAUCAUAGAAACUCCUUUCUGCAACCAAUUGGUUCUCCUUCUCCUGGUGGAAGCAGUAUCAACGCUGAUGACGACACUGAUGAUGACGAAUUUGGUGGUCCUGUGUCGAUGGAUUUCAUCAAACCGGGACGGUUAUCGGAUUCUGGUGUCUCCGACGACAUCACGAUGGACUCAACUGCUUUUUCGAUGCAUUACCGGAGUCUAGCACGAUCGGAUUCAGGGGAUCUGAAGACGCCGACUAGGUUUGAAGCGACGGUGAGCACACCUGGUCUAAGCAGUGCUACUCCGGGGAGUUUCAUGGAACUCACUGAUCGUGAAAAGAGAGUGCCUCAGUCACCGGUGGUGGCGAGUGCCAGCGAGGACUCAGAUGCCAUGAGCAUUGAAGGGGAACAGCCAAAAACCUAUGAUUAUGUAAGACUCUCUCCUGGGUUGGUUGCAAUUUUGGCACAGGGAAGCAAGGAUUUGGAUGGUGUUUCCCCAUUAGGUUCAAAAGCUACGCAUCCACCAAUUGCAGUUGCUUUUGGGUCUUCGACCAAGAAUACUAAGGAGUUUGUUAAUGACGAAACUCUGUUAGCUUGUAAACAAUUGAACUCUGCUAAGGCUAAUAGAGCAACCCCACCAAAUAUGGAUGAAGGCGAUAAGUUAGCCACACAUUCACCAAUUGCAAAUCAUAUGGAAGUUUUACCCAACAUGGAAUCCUUAGUUAACUCUCCUGUUCAUCAAAUCACCCAUGAUACUACAGUUGCUUCUGCUUUGGAGUCUUCAAUCAAGAACACUAAGGAGUUUGUUAAUGAUGCAACUCCGUUUGCUUGUAAUCAAUUGGACUCUGCUAAGGCUAAUAGAGGAACCCCACCAAAGAUGGAUGAAGCUGAUAAGUUAGAUUUGGCUGCUAAGUAUGAACUUGGUUUCUGUGAAGUCCCCGUAAAUGAGAGUAAUUCUAAAGACAGGGGACAAGUGACUGACUCUAAUAAUAAGUCUGAUCAAGUUACUGGAAAUCAUCCAGUACAUGAGUUUACACCAUUGUCCUGUUCUGCAAAUAAACUAGCAUUUAUGGUUUCUCCUGAUUCAUUCAGACGUACUGGAAAUAUAACUCGUCCCUUAAACUUAAAGCAAUCUGGUAUGCUUGGGCCUGAGGUACAUGCCGCAAAUAGUGCAACUUUGUUGUCCAUACGUAAAAACAUUUCAAAGUUGAAAAAUCUUCCCAACACAUCUACUCUCAAAGAAAAAAAUGACAAAUUGAAACGUAGGUUUUCAAAAUACUCUCCAGGGACUUCUUUCUUUCCUGAAAGAGAUUUUGAAAACAAGCAAGUUGAAACCCUCACUGCUCCUUUGGAGGAACAGCCGUUUAGUUUAACUCUGGAAAAUAACAUGCAUCAAAGUUUGAUCAACACUGGUGACCAUGUAGUUGAUUCUUUGAUAAAUACUAGCAAGUUAAGCCAAAAUGAAGAGACUGUGGCCACCGAAAAGGAUGAGGAAAAAAUUUGUUUGAUUUCGGCCAAAGUUUCCUACAAUGAUAAAAAUCUUGCGCCUAUGGAUAUUGGUGCUUCUCCCACGCUUAAGACGCAUAUAACAAGAGUGGAAGAUAGCACAGUUGAGAAAAGAAAAGAUGAAAUUCUAACCAAUACGCAUGCCAAACCUUUUUCUUCACCUGUAAAAUCAUUUGACCAUACUUUAUUGCCAUCUGUAGAAUGUCAAAGUAAUUUCCAUGGUGAGUUGAAGCAAAUGGAAAUGCAGAAUGAAUCUGUUAAUAGUGGUCUAGAACAAGCCAUUGAAUACGACAAACUAACAGUAGCUAGAAAAUUGGAUUUGUCUGGUGUUGGAAACAGUAAACAGCCUAGCUCACCUUUUGAGGAUGCACAGUUCAGCAAGUUUAUUAAGAGUGCAUUGAAGGGAAAACCGGCUAGGAGUCCUCCUAAUAGAUUUCCAGAUCUUAGCAGUCCUAUCCAAGAAGCAACAACUGCGUUACCCUCCCUGCAAGAGCCUCCUAGUGACAUCCAAGACUUGUCUCCCAGGAUUAAUUCUGAUGGGCAUGGUGUUGAUCUUGAUAACAACCACCAUCUGACAUUCCAAGUAGCUCAGAGCCCUCUCAAAACUGGUAUUGAGGUUUCUUCCGGGGAGAAAAGGAAUGAUGUUGAUCUUGAUAACAACUGCCAUCCGGCACUCCAAGUAUCUCACAGCCCUUUUACCAAAACCGGUAUCGAGGUUUCUUCUGAGAAGAAAAGGAAAGGUGUCGAAUUAUUAAGUGAUAUUCGAGCCUUGUCUCACAGGAUUAAUUCUGAUGGCCAUGGGGUUGAUCUUGAUAACAACUGCCAUCCGACACUCCAAGUAGCUCAGAGCCCUCUUACCAAAACUGGUAUCGAGGUUUCUUCUGGGAAGAAAAGGAAAGGUGUCCAGUUAUUAAGUAAUGGAGAUGAUAUAGAGAAGACAGGGAGGAUUGACAGAAGUCAAGAGGUUCAUAAAAGUGGGGAUGGAGAUCUACAGUUUGUUUUGGAGCAAACAAGUAUGAGAAGUGAAAGAGAAAAGUUUGGCGAUCAGAAGUGGAAUGAUUUCGAUCAUGUUCUAGAAAGAUUCUCAACCAGCACAAAACAAUUGCUUUCUCCGUCAUUUGAUAAGCUAAAUUUCAGAUUGAUGGGCACACUGGAAGAUAUUUUGGUUCGUCUGCAGAAAGUUAAGAAAUGGGAUAUUCUUUCUUCUGAAAUUCAUUCUCAGAAGAAAUUAACGGAUCCUCUAGAUAUUCCUAGACACAAAAGAGUUGUGGAAAUGAAAUUGUUGCUUUUUAAUAUAGCAUAUGAGAAGGCUAAGCUACAAUUAAUGAAUGUUAAGCGUGAGAGAUUACUGGAAAAAGUACAACAGCUGAGUUCUGGGCUUCAAGAGACUCAGAUGAUGAAAAAUUCCAUGCCAUGUUCUGCUAAGACUAGACUGGUUGACAUUCAAGCUGAUGAUAGUCAUAUCAAUACAAAAAUAUUUAAUUCACAAGGAAAAUGUCAGAGUGCAUUGAAGGGAAAACCGGCUAGGAGUCCUCCUAAUAGAUUUCCAGAUCUUAGCAGUCCUAUCCAAGAAGCAACAACUGCGUUACCCUCCCUGCAAGAGCCUCCUAGUGACAUCCAAGACUUGUCUCCCAGGAUUAAUUCUGAUGGGCAUGGUGUUGAUCUUGAUAACAACCACCAUCUGACAUUCCAAGUAGCUCAGAGCCCUCUCAAAACUGGUAUUGAGGUUUCUUCCGGGGAGAAAAGGAAUGAUGUUGAUCUUGAUAACAAUGGUCAUCCGACACUCCAAGUAGCUCAGAGUCCUCCUACCAAAACAAGUAUCGAGGUUUCUUCUGGGAAGAAAAGGAAAGGUGUCCAGUUAUUAAGUAAUGGAGAUGAUAUAGAGAAGACAGGGAGGAUUGACAGAAGUCAAGAGGUUCAUAAAAGUGGGGAUGGAGAUCUACAGUUUGUUUUGGAGCAAACAAGUAUGAGAAGUGAAAGAGAAAAGUUUGGCGAUCAGAAGUGGAAUGAUUUCGAUCAUGUUCUAGAAAGAUUCUCAACCAGCACAAAACAAUUGCUUUCUCCGUCAUUUGAUAAGCUAAAUUUCAGAUUGAUGGGCACACUGGAAGAUAUUUUGGUUCGUCUGCAGAAAGUUAAGAAAUGGGAUAUUCUUUCUUCUGAAAUUCAUUCUCAGAAGAAAUUAACGGAUCCUCUAGAUAUUCCUAGACACAAAAGAGUUGUGGAAAUGAAAUUGUUGCUUUUUAAUAUAGCAUAUGAGAAGGCUAAGCUACAAUUAAUGAAUGUUAAGCGUGAGAGAUUACUGGAAAAAGUACAACAGCUGAGUUCUGGGCUUCAAGAGACUCAGAUGAUGAAAAAUUCCAUGCCAUGUUCUGCUAAGACUAGACUGGUUGACAUUCAAGCUGAUGAUAGUCAUAUCAAUACAAAAAUAUUUAAUUCACAAGGAAAAUGUCAGGUUUCUUGCAAAAAUGUGAUGGAAACGAGGCAAGAGCUUGAAAAUUUGGAUCAGAAAGCAAAAUCUUUAAGUGAAUUCUUUUAUAGUUACUGCAAGAUGAAAGGGGAUCAAAGCUAUACCAACGUCGUAAGAUCUGUUCGUGAUUAUUUGGAAAAGAGAAUAUCUUACAAGUUGGUAUUCCAGAAUUUGAAGUUGUGGGAUGUUGAAGAUUUUGAGCGUAAGGAUGAUUAUCACAUGAUUAUUCUCAACUAUCGCGGAUAUAUCAUCCAAAGGUUCACAGUAAAUGCUGGUCUAUCAAGCAUUAUAGUAUCGAAUAGCUUGAAUGAUGUGAAUAUUGGAAAGACCUAUCCAAAUAUGGAUGCUUUCUCUGCAUUUGUGUUUGCCUUAAAUCCACAUACCACCAGCAAGUGCAUGGGUCGAAUCAGUAUGGCACAAGAAACACAGAUAACAGGUUCACUUCUAAGUAAUUUGCUAGAUGUGGUUGAGGAGGUUCAGUUAGCUCGGGUAGAAAUUAGAAAUUUGGUCCAGGCUAAGUUCAAUUCUCAUUCAGUUAAUCAACUUGAUUUGCAGCUAUCUUUCAUCGACUUCUGUGGUGGGAAGAAGGUGCAAGUGAUUCUCGAUAUGACAUGCUUAAAAUGUGGGGCAUAUCCUGCAGAGGUUCUUCCGUCUCAAAUAUAUGGUCUUGCUGCUAAUGGGGAACAAAAGGCUCUUCCUUCAUCGCUUGUAGAUGAAAUAAGAAGUGCAGCAGAGAGUGUGAGUGUGGGGUAUUCAAGAAUUGUUAGGCUUUGUAGGUGCAUUUCCCAGGCAGUUCAGGGUUGCACUCAAGGAAGGUGAUCUUGUCUAAUUGCCUUCAUUCACUGUCAAUUUUGGGUUGAUUGUUCAUUAGAGCUUUAUCUUGUAUAUUUUCACAUCCCGCCGUUGCUAUAAAUGGACGAGUAAUUCUCAUGAAGCACGAAAUCAUUCACUAAUUUCCCAAUGAUUAGUGCUGUCAUAAAGGAAAUCAGUUUUUCAAGAUCUGAAGUUCUUUGUGAUUUUUUGCAAGCUUUUCAAUCUAUAAGUUUCUUGUUCAAGUAUAAUAUUUGGUUAUCAGAAUGUUAGAAGAUGAAAAUUUGUGUAUAUUUCUUGUGAAUAUAUUUGAGUUUAGAAGGUUGGUUUUAUAACAUUGGUAUGAUAUUUAAAAGAUGUAAACAUGAACAUUUAACCUUCUGAAAUCAAUAGAUGUUAAGAUCAAAAUGUUGACCAAA